GGUUCUUGGAUGGUAUGCGAGGCGUUGCGGCAUUUCUAGUCAUCGUGUUUCACCUCGUCGUGUGCUGUUACGAUGCAAAGCACGGCUAUGCAUCAGGCAAAGACGGGGAACACCGAGAGUUUCUCAAGCUCCCUUUCAUCCGAAUCAUUUACGCUGGGCCAACCAUGGUCUCCAUCUUCUUCGUGGUGUCUGGUUAUGCGUUGUCCUACAAACCAGUCAAGCUGAUGAGGAGCAAGAAUUGGCAGAGUCUUUCGCGAUCUCUGGCAUCAUCAAUCUUCCGUCGUGCUAUCCGCCUGUUCUUACCUUGUAUCGUGUCAACAUUUUUUAUCUCUAUCAUCAUCUGGUCGGGUUUAUACAACACAGGUGCAGAUUUCGCAAAAGAGAGAGGUCAUUACAAUGUCAAGCACAACCUCGACUUCCCGAAGUACGACUCUUUGGCUGCCCAGAUGGCUNNUUUUUGGGCUAGAGAAACGUCCACGAAACUCAUGAACCCUUGGUCUUUCGCGGCGAAAAGCACCGAGGUUACCAUUGAUGGCCAUCUCUGGACCAUACCAGCAGGACUUGCGCACCUCAAGAGCAAGGUUCGCAUGAUCAUUCUCGUUUUCAUGAUCAUCUGGGUUCACCAGAUGGGCCGCUGGGAGAUGAUACUCUUCUACGGCGGUUUUCUGUGUGCAGACCUCGACUUCCACCGUUCUUCAGCCACGAGCUCCGCGCUGCCCAUUAGUGACGCGACCAUCAAACCGAGGACAAGCAGAUUCAAGUCUCUCAUGUAUGUUUGCACCUUUGUCUUAGGAGUCUACCUGGGCUGUCAACCUCAGAAGAGUGCGAACAAGACUCCUGGCUGGGUGACGUUGUACAGCAUGAUUCCAGGCCACGUUGGAAAUCCAAAGCGAUACUGGCCAGGCUGGGGUGCAAUCCUGCUUGUCUGGUCCACUUCCUGUUAUAAACCACUGCAACGCCUUUUUGACAACAGACUCGCCCAGUAUUUGGGAAAGAUCUCCUUUUCGUUGUACAUAGUUCAUGGUGUUGUGACUCAUACCAUUGGUUAUGCACUGAUGAACAACCUUGAUGGAGUCUUGGGAAGAGACGAUGCUAUCAACCGGGCGAUCGGCUUCGGCGUGGGAUCUGGCGCGACUCUGUUCUUCACCAUCUGGCUUGCUGAUCUGUUCACGAGAGCAGUCGAUGAGCCCUCGGUCAAGUUUGCGAGAUGGGUUGAAGACAAAUGCAACACUUCCAUAGAU